CACCUCGUGGGGGGGUUUAACCCCAAAACCCACCUUGUGGGGAGUUUAAGCAAUGAACAAAAACAAACCAUCUUCAUCAACCAAUUCCCCUAAAACCCUAAAAAAAUGGAACUUCAAUCCGUUUGCCAUAGCUUUCAUGCCCCAAAGUUCAAAUUCCCCAAUCAUCGUCGCUUUCCCUUUCAAUCUAAUUUGAAGCCCCCUAUCACCAACCCCACACUAAGAACUCGAAAUCCCAGGCUUCAACAUGUAUCAAAAUGGUCUUGUACACGUGAAGUGAAAAAGAUAGUGUGUGCUUCUGGUUCUAAUUCAAACCCAAUAUCUGUUGGGGUUGAACCGUUUCGUGGUAAAUCCGGUUCAGUUUCCUUCCAUGGGUUAACUCAUCAGCUUGUUGAAGAGAACAAAUUAAUGUCAGCUCCAUUCCAAGAAGAAAAAGGAUCUUUACUUUGGGUAUUAGCACCUGUUGCAUUGAUUUGUUCAUUGAUUGUUCCUCAAUUUUUCUUUAGCAAUGCAAUUGAAGCUUUCUUCAAGGAUGAGACACUCAUAGAAAUUGUCUCAUCGUUUUCCUUUGAAGUGAUGUUCUAUAUCGGUCUUGGGAUGUUCCUACUUGUGACUGAUCAUGUUCAAAGACCAUAUUUACAAUUCAGCGCCAAGAGAUGGGGUCUCAUUACCGGACUCAAGGGGUACCUAGCAUCAGCAUUCUUGUCAAUGGGUUUCAAGGUUAUUGCUCCCCUCAUUGCCGUCUACGUAACUUGGCCGGUGCUCGGCUUCCCAACAUUGGUUGCAGUGGCUCCUUUCCUAGCAGGCUGUGCCGCUCAAUUUGCAUUUGAGAUGGCUCUCGAAAAACGACAGUCAUCUUGUUGGCCCCUCGUUCCUAUUAUUUUCGAGGUGUAUAGAUUGUAUCAGUUGACAAGAGCUACUCAAUUCAUUCAACACUUUUUGUUGUUGAUGAAAGAUUCACCGAGAACCCCAGAGAUGUUCGAGAGAGGUGGUGCACUGAUUGGAAUGAUCGGAACUUUCCAAGCCCUUGCCGUGGUUUGCCUUUGGUCGUUGAUGACAUUUCUCCUAAGGCUUUUUCCUUCUAGACCUGUUGCAGAGAACUAUUGAUAUUUGUAAGUUUGGUUUUACAUUAUCCAUGGUUCUUUGUUGGUUAUAAAUCUUCAAAUUAUGCUCCAUGCAUAUCCAUGAAACUUGAAGUACAUAACCGAGAAAUUUUGGGGUCAUCCUCGAAAAUGGGGAUACCAUUAGUAACGGUAGCCUUUCAUUUCUUUUUCUUUUUUCAUAAACGAAAGAGUAUUUCUUAAAUAUUCGAUUUAGUCCUCUCAAGACUAAAGAUGAUAUAAUAUGUUCUUGAAAUGCUUUUGCUUUGAACAUAAUGAACUACUCUAGUUCUUCAA